AUGCUUGCGCAAUCGCACCACGGCGGCCGAGCCGAACUCGGCCAGAACUUUCUCACCCACCAACCAACGCUGGUCCGCAUCGCCGAAUUGGUCGCAACCACCAAAGGCUCAAUCCUUGAAAUCGGAGUUGGCGGCUGCGCGCUCACCAAACACCUGUGCACGCUCGGUCGUGAUCUGCGUGCUAUCGACAUCGAUGCCUCCCGGGUCAAGCGCCUGCAGGCCGAACUGAAGGGGGUCGACAUCGCCCAUGCCGACGUGAGGCGUGAACCACUCACUCGCGACGUCGUCGUGGGUAACAUCCCAUUUCACCUCACCACGCCGAUCAUGCGUCGGCUACUUGCCGAAGGCGACUGGACGCACGCCAUCGUCCUGACGCAGUGGGAAGUAGCGCGAAAGCGGGCCGGUGUCGGUGGCUCGACGAUGAUGACGAGCCAGGCUGCGCCGUGGUUCAGCUUCGAACUGCAUGAUCGG